GCGAGCGCGGGCUGCUAUAAUACCAAUACACCGACCAAACACGUUUUUCGUAACGUUGCGCUCGUGAAUAUAUCUCAAAAUCUUAGAAUUUCCGCUGAAAAAAAUGGGUAAUAAAGAGGACGGACUUUCUGAAAAUCGUCGUUAGAUUAAUUUGCGGUUUCGUCAACUUCCUACCUCUAUAAAAAUGAUCACGAUAAGCUGUUUUUAAUCAAACCGCGAGCGCUUCUUUACUGUACUGAUCUCUUUUCGGUGGACCAAAUAUUUCGGUGAUUUAUGGAUAUUCUUCUUUUUAUUUUCGAAAAAUGUGUCUGUGUACCGGCGGUUUUUGUGUUUGUACCAAAAUGUGUGCGAGGUGGUUAAGAAGUGUUUUUGUUUUAGUAGUGUUUUGUUUUUGUUUGAGCCAUGGCCACACCAGUUUUAGCAAUAUUACUAGGAUUAAACGAGAAGCUUUGACUGAAAGUUUGGAAGUCUACUUAAUGAACUUCGGUUAUAUGGAAAAGUCCAAAGAUGGCGCUUUCGCUCUUCGAACGGAGGAAUCUGUAAAGAGUUCUCUCCGAGACAUGCAGGAAUUCGCAGGCCUGCCCGUGACGGGUCGGUUAGACGAGAGAACUUUGAAGUUAAUGCAUACGCCGCGGUGUGGCAUGCCCGACAAAAAUUUUCGAACGAGGAGGAAAAGAUUUACCAUACAUGGAUCAAAGUGGCGGUAUUUAAAUCUUACGUGGAGUGUAAGAACGAGAAAUGUGGACAAUUUAAACUUCGACGAAGUCCGGUACGUCAUAUCCAGGGCUUUGCAGGUUUGGUCCAAGCAUUCCAAGCUGACCUUCCAGGAAGUUGACAGCGACAAGGCGGACAUAUUGAUCUACUUUCACAGAGGAUCUCACGGUGACAACUUCCCCUUCGAUGGUCCUGGAAAAGUUUUGGCUCACGCAUUCUUUCCAACGGGUGGUUGGUCGAGCGUGGAAGUCCACUUUGAUGCAGACGAAAAAUGGACGACGAAUUUUGACAAUGAGGAUGGAACAAAUCUUUUCAACGUUGCUGCUCACGAAAUAGGACACUCUCUAGGACUGUCACAUUCGAACGUAGAAAGUGCUUUAAUGUAUCCUUGGUAUAAGGAGAUGGAAAAUGGAUAUGACUACGAACUACCAGAUGAUGACAAACAAGCCAUACAAUUCUUGUACGGUGCCCCAGAAGGCGGCAACAGCAAAUGGGCCAAAAAUCCGGAAUACCAUCCUCAACCUACCACUACAACGACUACUACUACCACGACGACCCGUCCACCUAGACCUACACCGAGGAGGAGACCUCAAAAUCCUAGACAAUACCCUUAUCCAACAUACUCACCAUAUUACCCUCAGAAACCGAUGGAUCCUAGUAAAAAGCAUUACUACCCCAAUCAAAAUGCUGGUUAUCCAUAUUCACCAGAUAGAAAAUAUCCAAAAAAAUUGCCAGAGAGAAACUAUCCGGUAUCUCCUACCAAAAGAUACCCGUAUAGGCCUCCGGAGACAGCUCCCCCACGAACGUAUGCCCCAAGAACAUAUCAACCAAGAGGACCUGAACGACAUUAUCCUCCAAAUCCAUUACCGCCCAGAACAACUGCCAAGCCCGCGCCAGAUACUUGCAACACGAGCUAUGAUGCCAUAUCUGUCAUUCGGCGGGAAGUCUUCAUUUUCAAAGAUGCGUACUUCUGGAGAAUCGGCGACAACGGUCUAAUGCCAGGAUAUCCAGCGUUGAUCCGAAGACUCUGGCACGGUCUACCGGAAGAUUUGACGCACGUGGAUGCUGUUUACGAAAGGAACGACGGUAGAAUCGUGUUCUUCAUAGGCGACAAAUAUUAUGUAUUUUUAGACAACCACGUGGAGAAUGGUUAUCCAAGACCGCUGUUCCAUCUUGGACUUCCUCGAGAAAUUAAAAAAAUCGAUGGUGCGAUGGUUUGGGGACACAAUGGAAAGACGUACUUUUAUAGUGGCAACAUGUAUUGGAGAUUCGAUGAAGAAGUUCAAAAAGUCGAACUGGAUUACCCCAGAGAUAUGUCAAUGUGGAAAGGAGUUGGAACAGAUAUUGACGCCGUAUUCCAAUGGAAAGACGGAAAAACCUAUUUCUUCAAAGGCAAAGGCUUCUGGAAAUUCAACGACUACCACAUGCGCGUUGAACACGAGAAACCAAGACUAUCGGCUCCAUUCUGGAUGGGAUGUACGACGAAUUACGAAGAAAACAAGAACAAUCAAGCUACAACCACUCGCACCAAAGAAUAUUCUAGAACGCACUCUCGCACCAGCCAUCCUACUCCUCACACUACCCGGAAACACUACAAUACCGUAGGGGAGAAAAUGCCCUUGAAAGACGCUUCACGAGAAACUGCCUCAUCAGCCACGUCACAUAGUCUUAAUGUACUUUUAGUAUUCGCGGUUUUUUAUGGAAUUUAUCACGGGAUAUAGGUCUUUAGAGAUAUACUCGUCAGAUCAAAUUGGGUAAGAUCGAUAUCGAAAUAAGAAAUUAGCAGGCAACUGACUGUUUGUUUUUAUACUUAACGGAUCCUAGCUUGAAAAUGUUGAAUUUUUAAUAACCGAAACGUUUGUUAAAGAUUUGUCGGCAAAAUGUAAACAUCAAUAUAACAUUUUUUAAGUUAAUCUUUUUUACCACUUUCUUUGAUAAAGGGUCGAUUUUUCUUUCGAUUCAAGAUAGAUGGCGCGUGCAUACUCCUGUUCACUUUGUAGUGAAAAAUUUGGUUAAGGGGUGUGCAUUUAUGUCUUGAGAGAUACAUCUUGCUCCAAUUGAUUGCACAGAUUGCUCCAAUUGAUUGCACAUUGAGAGAUACAUCUUGCACAGGAAGACGCGGAAUAUCGUGGCUGCGCAACCUGAGAGAAUGGUACGGAUGUACAUCAAAUGAACUUUUCAGAGCAGCUGUCUCUAAAAUCCGAAUAGCUAUGAUGAUUGUAGACCUCCGUCGCGGAGAUGGCACUUAAAGAAGAAGAUUUAUGUCUUCGACUUCGACCUACCACUAUCUGAUGAGCCCCAACAGGGCGAAACAUGUCAUAGUGUGGUCGGAGCACUACCUUUUAGCUAAAAAGAAUAGGGCAUUCAUGAAUUGUAGGGCACGUAUUCUAGGACGCCAAGUUUUUACAUUGAAAUACGACCUAGAUGAAAAUAAUUUGCUGUCGUUUAAUUUUAUGUCAAUCCGUUGUUCCAGAUUACAUCCUUUUUUGAACAUACAACUCUUCUUAUAAAUAUUCGUUGCCCGCAAUCUUCCAUGCUAGCCAGAAGAAUUGCAAGAAUUUCAACAAUUAUAUUUUCUCAAUAGACUAAGAACCGCUAUAGGUGAAAUUUCUGAAUCAUUUUAGGCACGAUGGGACCCUAUAACUUAAAUAGUAGAACCUAAAAGAAAACGUUUGAACACUGUGCCGUCACUUUUCAGUGGCACAUGCGUCGACAGUGGCGCAUCAAACUUUCCACUUAUGGACGGGAUAAAUAAAUUAAAAGUUAACAGAACUAACUAACAGAAUUAAUUUUUUUUAAUUUUUUUAAGUUCUAUGUGAUUAACACAUAGGAUUCAUCGUGAUUUUAACCCACCACCCCCUUCCCCCUGCCCCCACCAUCAAAAACUUCAUUUUUCGUUUUUAUUUUUUUUUUUGGUGGGAUGCAAUCAAUUUUAAAAUUUCAAAAAAUUCACACGCAUAGUUGAGGCUUUUAUAAAACAUGCCUAUUUUUUAUAGACCCAUAGGUAGAGUGUACAUAACCUCAAAAAAUUAAAAGAAAUUUUUUUUUCAAAAAAGCGUAUAACUUUUUUUGAGGAAUAGCUGUCGGUCUAAUUUUUUCUUAAUCUUGUGUGUUUUAUCAAACACUAUAUUUUAAAUUUUCUUCAGAUUUUUCCGUAACUCUCCCCACCUUUAAAAAUCCGAAAAACUGUUUUUUGGGGGUUUUGGGGGAUUUUUCCUAUUUUAUAGACUUCGUAAUAUAUCAAAUCAAUUUUGUUUUUAUAGGUUAUAUGUAACUUGAAGUAACUGAGUUCUUUAGAAUAUUUAAAAAUCAGAAAAACACGUUCAAACCCCCCAAAACCCCCUUAAAAAACAGUUUUUUGGAUUUUUGAAGAUGACCAACGUUACAGAAAAAUCUGAAAAAAAUUAGAAAUAUAGUGGUUGAUAAAAUACACAAGACUAAGAAAAAAUUAGAUCUGCAGCUAUCCCCAAAAAAAAGUUAUAUACUUUUUUUCAAAAAAAAAAAAAUUUAAAUUUUUUUGAGGUUAUGUACACUCAACCUACAGGUCUAUAAAAAAUAUACGUGUUUUAUAAAACCCUUAACUAUGCGUGUAAAUUUUUUGAAAUUUUAAAAUUGA